CUAGAGCCCCCGCCUUCGUCCCGCCCUGCACCUGGCUGCUCAAACCCGCUCUCCACCCCGGUCGUCUUCGCCCCACCCUUCUGGUGACUCAGCCUGUCUCUGUCCGAAGCGCAAAUUUAACUCGAGUGUAGUGCUAGGCGCUGCUGCUUACAGCUUCUUGCGCCAACCUGCUUCUUGCUGCUGGUGCCGCGUAGCCCUGGGGCUGAGUCCCUGUCCCCAGGCGCCAUGAGCCGUGCGCGGCGGAGUGCCCCGGCAGUGCUGCACCUCCUCGGGGGGCUGACCCUGCUGCUGCUGUGCCCACCGGCCGUGCGGGGUGACUGUGGCCUUCCCCCAGAUAUACCUAACGCCCAACCACCUUUGGGAGGUCUUACACGUUUUCCUGAAGAUGCGACAAUAACAUACAAAUGUAACGAAGGCUUUGUAAAAGUUCCUGGCAAGCCAGACUCCGUGGUCUGUAUUAAGGAUAAAUGGUCAGAAGUUGCAGAAUUUUGUAACCGUAGCUGUGAUGUUCCAACCAGGCUAGUCUUUGCAUCCCUCAAACAGCCUUACAGCAAACAGAGUUAUUUCCCGGCGGGUUCCACUGUGGAAUAUGAGUGCCGUUUGGGUUACGAAAAGGAUCAGUCUCUAUCUGGAAAACUAACUUGCCUUCAGGAUUUCACAUGGUCCAAGCCUGCUGAAUUUUGUAAAAAAAAAGCAUGUCCUGAUCCUGGAAAAAUAAAAAAUGGUCAUGUCAAUAUACCAAGUGGCAUACUAUUUGGCUCCGCCAUCUUCUUCUCCUGUAACACAGGGUACGAAUUAGUUGGUGUAACUUCUAGUUACUGUUUGCUUAUGGGAAAAGAUGUUGGGUGGAGAGACCCACUGCCAGAGUGCAAAGAAAGCCUUCCAGCUACCAAGGCCCCACCAGCAGUUCAGAAACCCACCGCAGUAAAUGUUCAAGCUACAGAGCCUGCACCAAUUGCUCAGAAACCCACCUCAGCAACUGUUCCAGCUACAGAGCCCCCACCAGCUUCUCAGAAACCCACCUCAGCAAAUGCUUCAGCCACAGAGGUCCCAGCAACAGCACAAAAGCCUCCCGUAUCAAAUGCUCUACCAAGAGAGACCUCGCCAGCAGCCCAGAAUCCCAACACAGCAAAGGAUUCUGCUGCACAGGCCACACCAACAGCCCAGAGAGCCUCCACAACAAAAGCUUCAUUUACACAGAGUCUUCCAACAACACAAAAGUCCACUGCUAUACAUGCCCCAGUGGCUAAGGGGCUCCAGACUACACAAACCUCUGUCCGUAUCACAGCCAUUCGGGGUCUAGCUGUUCCCAGGGCAACCACACGUUUUCAUGCAACAAGCACCUCUAAAGGAAGAGGAACACCUCCUUCUUCAGGUGCUAUGAUUCUUACAUCUGGAGCCCUGGUGGCGGAGUUGUUAAGCACUCAUCUGCUAACCAAAGGAUUGGUUGCUGGUACUAUAAUAAUUGGUACUCUAAUUGUAGUCAAAAUUAUCUGGCACUAUGGAAAAUCAGGGACACACAUAUAUAACAUUGACAGUUUUGAUUAUGACGCUAGUAACCAUUGGCUAGCUGGUUUAGCCAAAGAAGAGCUAAGACGUGCACACAAGUGCAGAGAAUAAUCUAGUUUCGUUAGAACUUUCUGGAGGAGUGGACACAAUAUUUGCAGUAGCGCUCUUUAUUGUGCAUGUUAUCAUUGUCUUUAAGAUGCACAGGGAUGUCAACAAAGCAAGAAGAAAAGAGCUCAUUCUGGAAUCACAUUCUGAACCUACCCAAAUCUCUUAAAAAUUGAACUGGCGGGAGUGAGAAUGAUUGCUUUCCUACAUAUGUAGGGAUGUAUAGAGCAUGGUUUAUGCUUAGAAUAUGAGCAAGAAAAAAAGGAAAUAAGUAAUUUUUUUUUCACUAAAUGGGUAAAGUUAUUUUUACUUAAAAAAGGAAAUAAAAACAUAAAUUGGAUAUUGAAGAUAAACAAAAACCAUUAACUGGAUACUGAAAACAAGCAAAUGAAAAACUGAAGCAAUCUCUUCUAAGCAAAGUUGCCACAGAGAGCUGAACCACAUUAUAAAAUAAUCCUUGACUAUAAAGCAUUUUUAUCUUUCCUUAUCCUAUUAAAAUGAGUCCAAAUGGGUUGGCAAAAUACUUUCAAGGAAAAACAUGCUAAUAACCCAAGAAGUUGAGUUUCUUGGGUUAGUUGGUGGCAAGGGAAGAAUACAGAAUAAACUUUGUUACACAAAUACGGAUAAGGAACCAGGACUCAGCCUAUUAGUUGUAAGAUGGAUCUGCUGCAGUUUUGUCCUUAGGACAAUCUUUUUUGGGAAGAAGAGCCCUAUGAAAGAAGUCUUCGUUGACUUAGUGUCUUUAAAAGAACCCAGAGAUAUUAUAAUAUUAACAUAAGAAAAUAUUCUAUGUUUGUGACUUGAGAUAUUCAUAGCUAAACUGUAAGUCUUGCUCUUUUGUAAUAUUAAUUUAUUUAUAUUAUGUCAGUGAACAUACUGGUUUUACAUGUAUCACAAGAAAUGUUCAUGUAAUCAAGAAGAUAUGUAAAGAAAAAUUUAUUUUCCCUAGAUAGAAAUAAUCACAUUGUCUCAUGUAGUAUUUGAAAAUUUUUUUCUUAAAUGUGAACAAAUUAUUUCUAAAUAAGAGGUUUCUCCCUGCACCCCAUAACUAAUUUAGAUUAAUGCCUUUUGAUUAACAUACUGUGAAACAUUUUCAGUUUCUUUUAAGUUAUACUGUAGUAUACUUUCCUGAGCAUGUCAGUCUACUCAUAUUAGGGUAUUGGUUGAACUUAUUUACUAUUGAUAUACCUAAAGUCUAUCACAUUAAUUUCUAGAUUCUUAAUAUAUUCUUGUCAUAUUGUCAAUUAUGUUUUAAGUGUGAGACUGGACUAGAAUAUACACAGACCUGCAUAUAACAAUAAAUAUUUUGCCAUACUGCUUCAUCUA